AUGAAUAAUUCAGGAAAAGUUGGUGUUGACGUUAAUGUGAAAUGUAAUGAGUUACCUCAAUAUAAUUAUUCUGUCAGUGAUAUUAAAACUUACGAUAGCCGUGACCUCCAAUAUGAACUAUUUUUCAAAGAACAUAUGAUGCAAAAUUUGCCUUGUAUUAUAAAAAAUAUAUCUCAUACUUGGCUAUGUUCUAAUGAAUGGGUUAAGAAUGGAACUAUUAAUUGUGAUUAUUUUGUAACCCAAUAUGGUGAUAUUGAUGCACCUGUUGCAAACUGUGAUAGCAUAACUUUUAACUCACAUUGCAAGAUCAAUAUGAAAGUCAAUGAUUAUAUGAACUAUUUUAAAAGUAAAAAUAAGGAUAAACUAUUGUAUUUAAAAGAUUGGCACUUAAAAAGAAUUGUACCAGAUUGUAAUUUUUAUGAAGUUCCUGAAUUUUUUGCCUCCGAUUGGUUGAAUGAAUUUGCUUCAGAUUAUCAGGAUGAUGAUUUCAUGUUUGUAUAUAUAGGACCUGAGGGACACCUUUUCAUGCAGAUGUCUACACAUCUUAUAGUUGGUCAGUCAAUGUGG